AUGGCGGCCGGGGAUAGUCUUCCGGCCCUGUUGGCCUUUACCCUUGUCGAGGCGUACUUACUUCAGCGCACCGUCUUUGCAGAUGAGACGUUCCGCACCGUCGUGCUGGGUGCGGUUGCCGUCAAUGUCUUGCUCAAGGGUGUCUAUAGCUUGGUCAUUUGGCCGUUCUUCUUGAACCCACUGCGUCAUUUACCCAAGGUCUCGGGUCCAAUGAGCCACUCGAAAAUAAUCUUCGACUCCCCACGGGGUCGCAUGCCCCUCUACUGGAUGAAAACAAUCCCCAAUGAAGGCCUCAUCCACCUCCGCGACAUGAUAGGCCAAAGCUACCUCAUAGCUACAAACCACCAAGCCCUCCUCGACAUCAUGAGCACAAAUACCUACGAUUUCGAAAAGCCCUGGCGAGCGCGUAACUUCCUCGCGAGGAUCUUGGGCUUUGGGUUGAUUCUUUCUGAGGGCGCGGCUCAUAAGAAGCAGCGGAAGGCGUUGACUCCUGCGUUUAAUAUUAAGAAUAUUCGCGCUAUGUAUUCGUUGAUGUGGGAUAAGACGAAUCAGUUGCUUGUUGAGAUGGAGAAGGAGUUGACGGGGAAUCCCAUGGAGGGGACUAGUCCUGAGGAGGGGGUGGGGAAGUUGGAGAUGGGUGUUUGGGGGAGUCGCCUCACUCUGGAUAUAAUCGGUCCUGCCGCGAUGGGCCGUGAUUUCCGCUCUUUGCAGAACAGUGAUAACCCCGUCGCUGAGAGUUUCUUGCGCAUCUUGGAGCCAACUACCGAGAAGAUGGCCUUCCUGGCUAUGAACUUUACCUUACCACAAUGGAUCGCCCAACGUGUGCCCUGGCGCUUGAACCAGGUCAUCGCCAACGAGACCGGCUUCCUGCGAAAUCUCUGCAACGACAUCGUUCGAGAGAAGCGCGAGAUGCUAGCUGCAUCCAGGGCUUCAGCAAAGGAUCUCGAAGCUGAUAUUCUCGGCACGAUGAUGUUGGGCGGAGACUUUAGCGAUACCGAGCUAGUGGAUCAAAUGUUAACCUUCCUAGCCGCAGGACACGAAACCACCGCCGCAGCCCUAACAUGGGCCUGCUACCUCCUAACCCUUCACCCAGAAAUCCAAACGCGCCUACGCACCGAAAUCCGUACAAAGAUCCCCUCCGCAACCCACCCAAUAACCCACGCCGACCUCGAAUCCCUCCCCCUCCUAAACGGCGUCUGCCAAGAAGUUCUCCGCCUCUACCCAACCGUCCCCGCCACAAUCCGCGAAUCCAUCCGCGACACGACCGUCGCCGGCAAACACGUUCCCCGGGGGACCCGCAUCAUCCUCUGUCCCUACGCCAUCAACCGCGCGCCAAUCUUCUGGGGCGAGAAUGGGGACGAAUUCGCCCCCGAGCGCUGGAUUGAUACUGAUAAAGCGGGAAAUCAGGUUCCGAAUAAUAAUGGGGGUGCUUCGACGAAUUUUGCGCAGAUUACGUUCUUGCAUGGGCAGAGGGCGUGUAUUGGGAAAGACUUUGCGAGGGCGGAGUUGAGGUGUGCUGUUGCGGGGGUUGUGGGGAGGUUUGCGUUUGAGAUGCAGGAUCCUAAGCAGGAGAUUCAUAUUGCCGGGGCGGUUACGACGAAGCCGGUUGAGGGGAUGAAUUUAAAGAUGUGGAGGGUUGAGGGGUGGUAG